GAGUUGAUUUGGGCCAGGGCUUGGGCCCAUAGAACUAAAUAAACAUAUUUAAAAGGCAAGAGUGUCGAAGGAAAAGGACAAUCGUCGAAACCUAAUUGCCGACCAUGAGGGCGAACCUGAGAUCUUUGGUCGCGAAGGCUUACCGCGUUCGUCAAGGCCGUACUUUCUCCUCCUCCUCCUCCUCCUCCACUACCAAUCCUAUCAACUACAAAGGCGAUAUUUCUAUUUACGAGUACCUCUUCAGUCGAGGUCUGGUAUCGUUCAUCGGGUUCGGCGUAGCUUCUUGCAUUACGGGCGACUCUGUUUCCAAAUUCGAUGAAGAGCUGAAAGCGAUUGACAAGGAUGCUGUGGAAUUCUUGGAGAAGAGGGGGAAGCUGCCAUCUGGUUCUUUGGACGCUAUGUACAAAUCCUAAUUAGCUCAAGUUCAAUCAAAGCCGGACUUUAUAUAGUUAAGAGAGUCUGCUUAUGGGCAUCAUCGUUUCCAUGGAUUUGUUUUCUCUUCUGUGGUUUAUAGUUCUGUCUCCCUCAUUUCAUGUAAUGGAGUCUAUUUAUUCCCGAUUUUUUUUCUCUCACGCAUA